ACAAACAACACACUUACACAUCAAAAUAUUGUGGAAAAAAUAAAAAAGAGAAAAAUGGGAAAUAUGAGAAGCUUAGUGAAGAUAUUAAUGGUGGUUCUGUUUCUUGGAUGGAUUUUUGUUUGGAUCAUGAUUUCAACUAAUCUUUUCAAAAGCACUUGGACCCCGAAACUUGCCAAAAAUCUCAAUACUACUUAUUUUGGCCCUCAAGGCACGAAUCUUGUGCUUCUCACGGUUCCAAUGAUGUUCAUUGCGGUUCUAAGUUGUGUUUAUUUGCAUGUCCAGAAGAAAACAACCCAACCUCAAAGAGAAUGGAAGCUAAAAAGGAUAAUGGGGAGGGUGAUUAUGGUGAUGAUCAUUGGGGAUAGUGACAGCAACAGAGUUAACUUUUUCUCUAUUGUUUGUUGCUCUUUUGGCUUGGCAAAGUUUAGGGCUUUCGGCCUGAGAAUAGGAUAUGUGGGCCACAUCUGCUGGGCUUUUUUGUUCUUCCCGGUGACAAGAGCCUCUACGAUUCUGCCACUUUUCGGGUUAACGUCGGAGUCAAGCAUCAAAUAUCACAUUUGGCUUGGACAUAUCUCAAACUUUCUUUUCCUCGUUCACACAGUUGUUUUCCUUAUCUACUGGGCCAUGAUCAAUAAGUUGAUGGAGACCUUUGCAUGGAAUGCAACAUAUGUGCCAAAUCUAGCCGGAACAAUAGCGAUGGUGAUUGGAAUAGCGAUGUGGGUAACGAGUUUACCAUACUAUAGACGAAAGAAGUUUGAGCUUUUCUUCUACACUCACCAUCUCUACGGUCUCUACAUAGUCUUCUACGUAAUCCAUGUCGGCGACUCGUGGUUCUGCAUGAUCUUGCCCAAUGUCUUUCUCUUUUUCAUCGACCGGUUCUUGAGAUUUCUACAAUCCACCAAGAGAUCCAGACUUGUUUCUGCUAGGAUCUUACCUUCAGACAACCUCGAACUCACUUUCUCGAAAAUCCCAGGGCUACAUUAUACCCCGACAAGCAUAUUGUUUCUACAUGUGCCAAGCAUCUCCAAGCUUCAAUGGCAUCCAUUUACUGUAACUUCGAGCAGCAACUUAGAGAAAGAUACACUAAGCGUUGUAAUCAGAAAACAGGGAAGUUGGACUCAAAAGCUUUACACCCAAAUCUCUUCUUCCAUUGAUUCUCUCGAAGUUUCUACUGAAGGUCCUUAUGGCCCUAAUUCUUUUGAUGUCUCAAGGCAUAACUCUCUAAUACUAGUGAGCGGUGGAAGCGGAAUUACACCCUUCAUUUCGGUUAUCAGAGAACUCAUAUUUCAGAGCCAAAACCAGAGCACAAAGCUACCAGAUGUUCUUCUUGUUUGUUCCUUCAAAGAUUACCAUGAUCUUGCGUUUUUAGACCUAAUCUUCCCAUUGGAUAUAUCAGUCUCUGACAUUUCUAGGCUGAAUCUUCGAAUUGAGGCCUAUGUUACAAGAGAAGACAAGAAGCCCGAGACAACUGAUGAUCACAGACUUCUUCAAACAAAAUGGUUCAAACCGCAGCCUCAAGACUCUCCAAUAUCACCUGUUCUUGGACCCAACAACUUCCUCUGGCUCGGAGUUGUGAUCUUAUCAUCAUUCGUCAUGUUUCUCUUGCUCAUAGGGAUCGUCACACGUUACUAUAUAUACCCUGUUGACCAUAACACAGGAUCGAUCUACAAUUUCACGUAUAGAGGGCUUUGGGACAUGUUCCUAGGAUGUGUGUGCAUUUUCAUCUCUUCAAGCAUAGUUUUCUUGUGGCGCAAGAAACAGAACAAAGAAGGAGAUAAGGAGUCCAAGAAGCAGUGGUCCUCUCCAGGUUCAUGGUUCCACGGCCACGUGAGAGAGCUCGAGAGCGUUCCCUAUCAAUCUAUAGUACAAGCCACUUCAGUCCAUUACGGCUCCAAACCUAAUCUGAAAAAGAUCCUGUUGGACGCAGAAGGUUCGGAAGAUGUUGGGGUGAUGGUUUGCGGACCAAAAAAGAUGAGACAUGAGGUUGCAAAGAUAUGUUCAUCUGGUUUGGCUAAGAAUCUUCACUUUGAGGCCAUUAGUUUCAACUGGUGAUCGAUUUCAUGUUCUAUUUAUGUUUGCAGUUUGAUUUUUUCUUUUAAUACAUUGCAAAAUGGAAU